CUCCACCCAUGGUUCGCUUAUAGGUACUCUGGGAUUCCCGAGUACCAGCCUCGCUCUUGGUAUUACCCCAAAUACUCAACAUUGCUCCCGUCAGAGUUGUGAUUUUAGGUUUGAUCCUCGCUACCGAAAGAUUUGACGAGUGAUUCUGUGGCGCCUGCCUCCAACGAUUGAUCUGAAUCGAGCGCCUCGAAGCUGAUCUUGAGGGCUGCUGCCGCGUAUAAAUAACUCGCUUUUCCCCCGACUAGCACCAUUGCAUCUACCUUAUUUUGCAACUCUCAUCGUUCACUUUGGCGACUACGUCACACUCUUACACCACUGUCGCCAUCGUACCACAUCAUGGUAACCUUCACCAACCUUCCUGCUGAGAUGCGCAACAUCAUCUAUGGCAAGCUCCUUACUGAUGCUGUCGCCAAUCCUGUACGCCUCAACGACACUUUCAGCUUGUUGACUACCUCCCGGCCUGUUCAUGAAGAGGCAGCAUCGUACUUCUACCAGCACAACACCUUCACGGUUUCCCUCCCUGCCACGACACACAACCAAGAGAGAUCAUCGCAAGACGCGACAAUACUGCCGCCAAUCUCUGACAAAUACGUCAAGUACCUCAGGCAUCUCACUAUUGAUGUGCGCUUGAAUAUCUCCAGGGCUCCGGAUUGCGCGAAUCACCUCGCAGCACUAGCCAACCUCGACACCGCACUCUUCACCCUGACCCUCAAUCUCUCUUCGAAUACCUCCAGGGUCCUAACAAACAGGGUCGACGACUGCGUACUGCAUGCCAAACACCCAAUCACGCUCGCACUGCAGCAUCUCCUCUCCUCCAACCUCGCACAAUCAGUCCGCAUAAAUCUGAACAAUGUCUGGUUCGCGCCCGGCCUCGCUACCCAACUUCAGACCGAAUUUAAGUAUAGCCUGGAGCUCGCCACGUCAACCACCUUCCCCUCACUCGAGCGAGCUCCAAUCAAUCAGACGACGCAAAGCUAUCUGUAUGCGCUUGGACUUGAGGCACGGGACGUUGAGGAUGCUGAAGAGAUCCAGCCUCCAUCUUCGUCCGCCGACUUCUUUCCAUCACUGCCAUCGAGCUGGAGCUCUGCGCUGUCGGCAUUGGAUCAAUUCUCUCCAACCGAACAUCUAUAUGAGGACCCUGGAGACCUCCGGGAAUUCCCAAAAAUGGGGAGAGCGGACUCGCUGUUCGACGAGCCGAUCUUCGACAUGGACGACUUAGAAGAAGGGAGUGAAGUAGAGCUUACUGAAGAUGACGAUGUUGGAGAUGAAGAGAUGGAAGGUAUUGAUGAUUUCGAUGCUAUUUUGGACAACAUGGAGGACGUGGUGCAGAGAAGGGUGAAUGAGAUGGACGUAUGUUAUAUGACGAACUUUGCGCCGGAAAUGUUGGGGAGGUGGAUUGAAGAGGCUCCCUAGACGGGAAGUAUGAGGAAUGUUGUAUGAUGCCAUGAAAAGAACGAUGACUUAUGUUGUCAUCUGAUAGGGCAGGAUUGCGCGCGAGUGGUUGAGCACAUGAAACACACAGUUUGAAUUCUGUAAGCGACGAGAACUUCUUGAAGACUGGCAAGCAUGAGCGAACUUGAAAACAGUAGUACAUGAGCAU